AUGGAUACGGUGCCACCAGGUUUUCGUUUUUACCCAACGGAGGAAGAGCUGGUCUCAUUUUAUCUGCGUAACAAGCUUGAAGCAAGCAGAGAUGUUCUGCUACGGGUUAUGGACCGUCUUAUACCGCUAAAGCAAGAAUUCAGUUUGUGUCGGGUGUACAAGAAGUCCAAAUUCGUGCGAGCAUUUGAUAGACGGCCAUUAGGAGUGGAGACGGGUGAGAAAAUGAGAGCUCAAGCAGCCCACGGUGCUGAUGAGGCCACAACAUCCCAUCAAAACCCUUCAACGGUGCAGAUAACAUGCUCGCAUGAUAGUUCAUCCUUAGAAGACCAUGGUCAGCCCUUCCAAACUGGAGAAAGUAGCAACGUGGCAAUCAUGGAUGUUGAUACUGAACCUAUUUGGGAUUGGGCGCAAUUAGAUUGGGAACUGAAGUGA